AAAUUCGUCGUGUACGCUGCCGACCAUCUUCACACCGCAGCAGCAGCAAGCAGCAGCAACAAACCACGCCAGUCCGACCCACUCCGCGGUCGGCUCUCGCCCUCUCUUUCCCCUUCAAUCUCGACCAUGUUUGGUCUCAAACUGCAGCUAACACCACUGCUGGCCGUGCUGGUGCUCGCCUGCUCACUAGCACCUGCCUUCGCCGACACACUCAAUCCCAGAGCACAUGUGGCGCCCCGCGACUACGCCAAGAGGGAUUAUUUCGCCUUCGAGCUCGUCUGGCCAGAUCUCGAACCCGCGGAUCCACACUCCUCGGCUGCUACCGACACAAGCAGGACAUCGAUCCCCGAUGCAGGCGUGCUCUCGCUACUCUCUGACUUUGCGAGCGAAUACGGCCUCACGUUUGAGGAACAGCUCGGCAGUUUAGACAACCACUACCUAUUCUCGGCACCGAAGGCAAACAAGGCCGAAUAUCUGAUCUCGCGCAAGAUCAAGAAGAGAUAUGGCGGAAUCCAUGCGCAGGCGGUCAAGUACUUUGAGAAAAUGCGCGUGAAGAAACUGCACAAGCGGGCGAGUGUGGCUGCGCCGAAGAAGCCGCCAAUUGAUUCCGGUCUCGUUCCCGUGCGCGAGGUCGAGGAACUGCUGGAUAUUCGGGAUCCCGAGUUUGAAAAGCAGUGGCAUUUGAUUAAUCCGUAUCAGCCGGGUCACGAUAUCAAUAUUACUGGUGUUUGGAUGCAGAAUGUUACUGGUGAAGGCAUCGUCACCGCCAUUGUCGAUGACGGCCUUGACUUUGAGAGCGACGAUUUGAGAGACAAUUUCUACCCCCAAGGUUCAUACGACUUCAACGACAACAAACCCCUGCCGAAACCAAUGCUCGCCGACGACCGCCACGGAACUCGCUGCGCAGGCGAAAUCGCCGCGGCAAAGAACGACGUGUGCGGAGUAGGUUCGGCCUACGAUUCCAAAGUCGCCGGUAUCCGAAUCCUGUCCAAAGAGAUCAGCGACGCGGACGAAGCGUUAGCGCUGAACUUUGCGAUGCAGGAUAUCGAUAUUUACUCCUGCUCGUGGGGUCCACCUGACGACGGCAAGGCUAUGGAUGCGCCUGGCGUGUUGAUCAAGCGGGCAAUGGUGAACGGCGUUGAGAAAGGACGGGGCGGGAAAGGCAGCGUCUUUGUGUUUGCGUCCGGCAAUGGCGCGCAGAACGGGGAUAAUUGCAACUUUGACGGGUACACAAACAGUAUAUAUUCAAUCACCGUCGGUGCGAUUGACAGGAAGGGACUGCAUCCGUAUUAUGCCGAAGACUGCUCGGCGCAGCUGGUGGUAACUUACUCCUCCGGAUCCGGGGAUUAUAUCCAUACCACCGAUGUCGGCAAGGCGGCCUGCACCGACGUCCAUGGCGGAACAUCGGCAGCUGCGCCGUUAGCAGCUGGUAUUUUCGCGUUGGUGCUCUCUGUCAGGCCUGACUUGACGUGGAGAGAUAUGCAGUAUCUGACAAUCAUGACCGCGGUCCCGGUCAUGAACGCCGACGCACUCUACCAAACCACUGCUAUCGGGCGCCAAUUCUCACACCGCUACGGAUAUGGAAAACUCGAUACGUAUGCUAUCGUCGAGGCGGCCAAGGCGUGGAAGAAUGUCAAGCCGCAGGCGUGGCUCGAUACCCACGUGGCGCCUGUGCACAAGGAUAUUCCGCAGAACGACGAAGGAUUUACUUCUUACAUUACGAUUGAUGCUAGCAUGCUGCAAAAAGCAAACUUGGCCUUCUUGGAGCACGUUCAAGUCAAGGUCAACAUCAAGCACCAGCGACGUGGCGAGCUCAGCGUCAGGCUAGAGAGUCCCACCGGUAUUGUCUCGCUCCUGGCCACGCCCCGACCAUUCGACCAGUCGACCGAGGGUAUGGUCGAGUGGUGGUUCAUGACCGUCGCGCACUGGGGCGAGACCGGCAUCGGAACCUGGAAGUUGACGGUGUACGAUACACAUGACGAUCAGUUUACUGGAACAUUCGAGGACUGGACGAUGCGCAUCUGGGGACAAGGAAUCGAUGCCGACGCGGCGAAACCGUUCCCGCUUCCGAAACUUCCCCCGGGACUUGAGGAUCCGACGUUCUCAGGCACGGUCGCGCUGCCGCCUUCUACGACUUCGACUACGCAAGCGCAAACUUCCUCGCCGUCUACGACAUCGCCUACCUCAGACCCGACCUCUGUAACAUCCCCCGCUCCAUCCACGACCUCAGAGCCUGACUCUAGCUGGGACGAUUACGACGACAACGACAGCGACGACAAGCCCGAUGACAGCUCGGACUCGGGAAAGAGCGAGAAGCUGUUUGGGUUUAUCCCGACGUUUGGAAUGUCGAUGGAUAAAGUGGUUUGGAUCUACGGCUCCGCGCUCCUGAUCGUCGGUUUCCUGACACUGAUCGGCGUCUGGCUCUGUGUCGCGAGACGAAACAGACAAGGUCUCCGACGCAGUCGUGCCGCGCGCGACGAGAACGGGUAUGAGUUCCAAGUUCUGCGGAAUGCGGCGGAUAUGGAAGACGGCGCGGGCCACCCUCCGCGUCGGAAAGCAAGAGAUCUGUAUGACGCGUUCGAGAACAUUGACGAGGACGACGCGUUCGCGGUUGAGGAUCUGCUGUCUGAAGAUGAAGAUGACGGCGCGGAAGAUGAGUUACUCGGUGGACGAACCGGUGGGCGGAAGACUGAGGCGCGAGAGGCGAAGGAGGGGGAUGAGGGAGAGGCGGGAGAGGAUAAAGUGCGCUUGUUGUCGCAUGCUGGGGAGGCGAGCGGGUCCCAGUGAUGAUAAAAAAUUGUGUAUAUCAGAAAAGUG